AGAGCUCGCUGGGCCGCGCAGAUGCCGGGAGGGCCCGGGGCGCGUCGCUGUGUCACCUCUGGGGCCGCGCCUGGUUUCCAUAGCGACCGCGGAGCCGAGCGCGGAGGAGGCUGCGGCAGGACCCGGCCUUCUCCGCCCGCCGCCGGACGCGCACCUCCGGCUCGGGAGCCGGGCGGGAGGAAGGGGCCUCGGGGUCGGCGCGGCUGUGCUCAGCUCGCGAGCGGCCGGAGUACCUGCACCUGCACGUGCGCCGAGGACCGCCUGCCAGGAGGGCCCGCCCGUGUGCCAACUAGGAAUUGGACGGCUGAGCGCGUGGCAGUCAGGAUCCAAUCUCUGUCUGACUCCUAAGCCUGUGCUCGGAAGCCUUCUGGUGUCUGUGCCUCCUGAGAUCCUGCAUGGUUGUUCCCCUAAGGAAUUUUCCGUUGGGAAACAGAAACAAUGGCAAACAAUACUGCUUGGAUGUGAGUAACCCUAUGAUGACUCACAGGGUUGUUUCAGGAUGAAGAUCUAGCAGAUAUUAACGUGACGACGUCAGGUGGAUCGACAGCCCCCCCACUGCCCCAUUUGUCAGGGGCUUGAGAGUGGGGAGACAUGGAGGAGCGUAAGAACGAGGCGACGAAUCGGGCUCACAUCCUCUUUGACCGGUUCGUGCAGGCCACCACUUGCAAGGGGACACUCAAGGCCUUCCAAGAGCUCUGCGACCACCUGGAACUGAAGCCUAAGGACCACCGCUCCUUUUACCACAAGCUCAAGUCCAAGCUCAACUACUGGAGAGCCAAGGCCCUCUGGGCAAAGCUGGACAAGCGGGGCAGCCACAAAGACUACAAGAAGGGAAAGGCGUGCACUAACACUAAGUGUCUCAUCAUUGGAGCUGGCCCUUGCGGUCUCCGCACAGCCAUCGAUUUAUCCUUAUUGGGAGCUAAGGUGGUCGUGAUUGAGAAACGAGAUGCCUUCUCCCGCAACAAUGUCUUGCAUCUCUGGCCAUUCACCAUACACGACCUGCGAGGCCUGGGUGCCAAGAAGUUCUACGGCAAGUUCUGUGCUGGAGCCAUCGACCACAUCAGUAUCCGUCAGCUUCAACUAAUACUUUUGAAAGUAGCAUUGAUCCUAGGCAUUGAAAUCCAUGUCAAUGUGGAAUUCCAAGGACUUGUGGAGCCUCCUGAGGACCAAGAAAAUGAACGGAUAGGUUGGCGGGCCCUGGUGCACCCCAAAACCCAUCCUGUAUCAGAAUAUGAGUUUGAAGUGAUCAUUGGAGGGGAUGGCCGCAGGAACACCUUGGAAGGAUUUCGUCGGAAAGAAUUUCGUGGCAAACUGGCCAUUGCCAUUACAGCAAAUUUUAUUAACCGAAAUACAACCGCAGAAGCCAAAGUGGAAGAGAUCAGUGGUGUGGCUUUUAUAUUCAACCAAAAAUUUUUCCAGGAACUGAGGGAAGCCACAGGGAUCGAUUUGGAGAACAUCGUCUACUACAAAGAUGACACACACUAUUUUGUUAUGACAGCCAAAAAGCAGAGUUUACUGGACAAAGGGGUGAUACUGCACGACUACGCCGACACGGAGCUCCUGCUGUCCCGGGAGAAUGUGGACCAGGAGGCCCUGCUGAGCUAUGCCCGGGAGGCGGCCGACUUCUCCACCCAGCAGCAGCUGCCCUCCCUGGACUUCGCCAUCAACCACUACGGGCAGCCCGACGUGGCCAUGUUCGACUUCACGUGCAUGUACGCCUCCGAGAACGCGGCCCUGGUGCGGGAGCACGGUGGCCACCAGCUGCUAGUGGCCCUGGUGGGGGACAGCCUUCUGGAGCCUUUUUGGCCAAUGGGAACAGGAAUAGCCCGGGGCUUUCUAGCUGCUAUGGACUCGGCCUGGAUGGUGCGCAGUUGGUCUCUGGGAAGGAGCCCCUUGGAAGUCCUGGCAGAGAGGGAAAGCAUUUAUAGGUUGCUGCCUCAGACCACCCCCGAGAAUGUGAGCAAGAACUUCAGCCAGUACAGCAUAGACCCCGUCACCAGAUACCCCAACAUGAACGUCAACUUCCUCCGGCCAAGCCAGGUGCGCCAUCUGUAUGAUACUGGAGAAACAAAAGAUAUUCAUCUGGAGAUGGAGAACCUCGUGAAUUCCCGAACUACCCCAAAAUUGGCCCGCAAUGAGUCUGUGGCUCGUUCCAGCAAACUGCUGGGCUGGUGCCAGCGGCAGACAGAUGGCUACGCUGGGGUGAACGUGACGGACCUCACCAUGUCGUGGAAGAGCGGCCUGGCCCUGUGUGCCAUCAUCCACAGAUACCGCCCUGAUCUGAUAGAUUUUGAUUCUUUGGAUGAGCAAAAUGUGGAGAAGAAUAACCAGCUGGCCUUUGAUAUUGCUGAGAAGGAGCUGGGCAUUUCUCCCAUCAUGACAGGCAGAGAGAUGGCCUCGGUGGGGGAGCCGGACAAGCUAUCCAUGGUGAUGUACCUGACCCAGUUCUACGAGAUGUUCAGGGACUCGCUCCCCUCCCGAGACGCCUUGGACCUGAAUGCCGAGGAGAGGGCCGUCCUGGUAGCCAGCACUAAAUCCCCUAUCUCCUUCCUGAGCAAGCUGGGGCAGACCAUUUCUCGGAAGCGCUCUCCCAAGGACAAAAAGGAAAAGGACUUGGAUGGUGCUGGGAAGAGGAGAAAGACCAGCCAGUCGGAAGAGGAGGACGCACCCCGGGGCUACAGAGGAGGAAGGCCUACGCUGGUGAGCACACUGAGCGACCGGAGGGUGGAUGUGGCCCUUGGCAACCAGAACAAGGUGAAGUACAUGGCGACCCAGCUGCUGGCCAAGUUUGAGGAGAACGCGCCCGCGCAGUCCACGGGCAUGAGGAGACAGCCGACACAAGAGCGUGGGCUCAGCCAGCCGUCCUGCUGCCUGCCUGAGCAGGGUCGCCCUGCUCCCGCCCCCCAGUGGAAACAGCGACAGGAAAAGGAGCAUUCUCGGACCUGCCCCAAAAAAGUGAUCACACUCUCUCCUCCCCCUACUCCGCCUCCCUGUCGGGCACGUGGCGACCAGCAGACGUACAGCGAUCUUGAUGCUGACAGCCGUGGCAAGCAGAGUCCCCACCACGAGAGGCCAGAGCCAGAGCCUUCUCGUCGAUUUUUUGUCGACCAGUGGGAGCUUUCUCUAAGCCUCCGCUCCGCCAGCCGCCCUGCCUCUCCCUCCUCUGACUUCCUCCGACAGGGCUCCAUGAAGAAGGAGUUCCCACAGAACUUGGGAGGCAGCGACACUUGUUACUUCUGCCGGAAGCGGGUCUACGUGAUGGAGCGGCUGAGCGCCGAGGGCAAGUUCUUCCACCGGAGCUGCUUCAAGUGCGAGUACUGCGCCACCACCCUGCGCCUCUCGGCCUACGCGUACGCCCUCGAGGACGGUAAAUUCUACUGCAAACCACACUACUGUUACCGGCUGUCCGGGCCUGUACAGAGGAAGAGACCAGCAGUGGCCCCUCUGUCUGGAAAGGAGGCCAGGGGACCCCUGCAGGACAGCCCUGCUGCAGACACCAACGGACAGCCCAGCACCAGUGCCAGCCCUGCCGAGAGAACUCCAGGCCCGAGCAUGAACGGCCUGGAGGAGCCCAGCAUCGCUAAGAGGCUGCGGGGCACCCCGGAGAGGAUUGAGCUGGAGAACUACCGCCUGUCGGUGCGGCAGGCGGAGGGGCUGGAGGAGGUGCCCGAAGAGACGCAGGCCGAGCACAACCUGAGCAGUGUGCUGGACACGGGGACGGAGGAGGACGCGGCCAGCAGCAGUUCUGAGUCCGAGAUGGAGGAGGAGGAACCCCCACUGCCCCCCUCGGACCUGGGCGGCGUUCCCUGGAAGGAGGCCGUGAGGAUCCACGCUCUUCUGAAAGGAAGGAGUGAAGAGGAGCUCGAGGCCUCCAGGAGCUUCGUGGCUGGGGAGGAGGACGCGGAGGACGCGGGGGACGAGGAGGACGAGGAGGACGAGGAAGACGAGGAGGACGCGUCUAGUGAAGGAGAGUACUGGCCCCGGGACAGAGAACUCCUGCAAGGCCAGCCACUGGGGCACCUGCCAGAGGAAGAGGACAUGGGUACACGUGAAGCUGGGAGCCCAAGGCUGCAGCAGCUCGUAAAUCCAGCCGAUCCCUUGGAGAUCCAGGCUGACGUGCACUGGACGCACAUCCGUGAGAGCCAGGAGGAGCAAGUGUCACCAGCCUCUGAGUCCCCUCCUUCCAGAGGGCCCGACCUUCCCUCCGUUCGCCGUGCAGCAGUGCAGGCCUGGCUGGAGUCGGUCUCCGGAGUCCCGUUUGACGAGGACGACCUGGAGGAAGAUGUGGACUCAGAGCCAGCAGAGAUAGAAGGCGAGGCAGCGGAGAAUGGGGACACGGGGGACACUGGUGCAGAGCUGGGCGAUGGUCAGCACUGGUCGGACGACGUGCCGUCAGAGACCAACACGGAGCUGCAGCAGGUGGCGGCGGGAGUGGGACUGGAGCUGCGGGUGUCUGAAGGCGAGGAGGAGCCACCGGCGGCCUUGGCAAGGCGCCCAGAGAGAGGUCGCUCCCAAGUCUCCAGCCCCAGCCGGUCCCCUGAGGAGCACUCGGUCUUGUCCUCCCCAGCCCACAGCCCCAGGGCACAGGGCACCCGAGCCCCGCGCGCCUCUGCAGCCGCCAUGAGGGGGUUGCCCGCGGAGAGCCCUGUGCCAGAGCCAGAGCCAGAGCUCGCCCAUGGGGAGCCCACAGCCGGCACCCCCGUCCAAUCGCAGCCUGAAGCCAGGACGCCGCCCUCACCUGCAAGCCCACAGCGCCGGUCCCCGCUGGCCCCCCUCCCCAUCUGCUCCCAGCCUCAGCCGUCUGCCGAGGCCACCGUGCCGUCCCCCACCGUGUCCCCCAUCCGCUUCCAGCCUGUGCCGGCCAGAACCUCCACCCCCCUGGCCCCCCUCCCCGUGAAGAGCCAGGGGGUCACCAAGGACACACUGGGCAGCCCCCUCCCUGGGGACGAGGCCCUGAGACGCAGCGACCUGGUGGCAGAGUUCUGGAUGAAGAGCGCAGAGAUCCGCCGCAGCCUGGGGCUCAUGCCCGUGCGACGGGGCCCUGGACCCGAGCCCGCGUUCCAGCCCGCGCCCCUGCAGGCCUGUCGAGCUGAGAAGCUCCCCCAGGGCGAGGGACCCUGGCUUCUGAAACCCACACCUGUCCCCGGGAGGCUGGGGCCGCCUGCCGCCAGGGGGACCCAGCCCUCCCCGCCCACCCCGGGGUCCCCACCUGGCAGGGAGCCGAAGGGCGCCCGGGCGGAGCACAGAGACCUGUCCAGCAGCUCGGGGCUGGGCCUGCAGGGCAGCUCCUCCCGCACCAGGACGCCCGGCAGCCAGAGCUUCAGCACCUCCGACUCCACCAUGCUCACGCCCCCCUCCAGCCCGCCGCCCCCGCCUCCCGACGAAGAGCCCGCCACCCUUCACGGGAAGCCGGCCCUGGCGGGGCAGCUCACAGCCUCGGAGUCCCGAGCACCGGCCGCGUGCGUGCGGACCCCGCGGGAGCCCACCCGGCCGCCCCCGGAGGAGGCACCGAAGCCAUUUGUGGAGAGCGUGGACGAGAUCCCCUUUGCGGACGAUGUGGAGGACACGUAUGACGACCGCACGGAAGACUCGAGUCUGCAGGAGCCCUUCUUCACGCCCCCCUCCCGCUGGCCCUGCCCCGAGCAGCCCCUGGCCCAGGAGAGAGGCCAGGGGCCUGAGAGUGGGCUCCCGCCACAGAAGCGGGGGCUGCCGCUGGUCUCCGCCGAGGCCAAGGAGCUGGCAGCUGAGCGUAUGCGCGCCCGGGAGAAGUCAGUGCGGAGCCCGGCGCUGAGGGAUGCCAUGGCCCGGCAGCUGAGCAGGAUGAAGGAGAUGGACACCGUGGCCACUGCCCCCAGGGCCCCCAGGACCCCAGCACCCCGCAGAGCCACCGCCGUGCCCCCGAAGGGCCCCGAGGAGCCCACCCCAACGUACAAAGCCAUGAGUGAGGAGGUCCCGUCCCCUCCCUCGGACUCAGGGGGCCUGGACGGCUCGGUUACCUCGUCCGAGGGCUCCAGCGGGAAGAGCAAGAAGAGAUCGUCCCUCUUCUCCCCCAGAAGAAACAAGAAAGAGAAGAAGCCCAAGGGUGACGGCCGGCCCCCGGAGAGGCCCAGCCCCAGCGCCCUGGAGGAAGCAGCAGCCAAGCCCAGGUCCCUGUGGAAGUCCGUCUUCUCCGGGUACAGGAAGGACAAGAAGAAGAAGGGCGAUGGCAGGUCCCGCCCCAGCACCCCUUCCAGCGGGACCACUGUGGACGCCGGCAAGCCGGGGGCAUCUCCUGUCACGAGAGCAGAGCUGCGGCCCCGACGCCAGCUGAGCUGCUCGGAGGACUCGGACAUCUCCAGCGACGAUGUCCUGGAGCGGACCUCCCAGAAGUCCAGGAGAGAGCCGAGGACUUACACGGAGGAGGAGCUGAACACCAAGCUGACCCGGCGUGUGCAGAAAGCAGCCCGGAGGCAGGCCAAGCAGGAGGAGCUGAAGCGGCUGCACCGCGCCCAGAUCAUCCAGCGGCAGCUGGAGCAGGUGGAGGAGAAGCAGCGCCAGCUGGAGGAGAGGGGCGUCGCUGUGGAGAAGGCGCUGCGUGGGGAAGCAGACUAUUGGGGAGAGUCUUAUUACACUGACCUCAUCGACUUGCGCCUGGGUGGACCCAUUAAAGGACAGAGGCAGCGUCCUCCCUGCCCAGCCAUCAGUCUUGCUGCACUAGACCAAGUUGAGCCCAGUGGCGGGACUCCACGACGUAGACCUCUCUCCUUCUGCCCUUGCUGUGUCCAGGAAGGCAUGGGCAAAAAGGACGACCCCAAGCUGAUGCAGGAGUGGUUCAAGCUGGUGCAGGAGAAGAACGCCGUGGUGCGCUAUGAGUCGGAGCUCAUGAUCUUCGCCCGGGAGCUGGAGCUGGAGGACCGGCAGAGCCGGCUGCAGCAGGAGCUCCGCGAGCGGAUGGCCAUGGAAGAUCACCUGAAGACAGAGGAGGAGCUGUCGGAGGAGAAGAGGAUCCUGAACGAGAUGCUGGAGGUGGUGGAGCAGAGAGACGCCCUGGUGGCCCUGCUGGAGGAGCAGCGGCUCCGGGAGAAGGAGGAGGACAAGGACCUGGAGGCCGCCAUGCUGUCCAAGGGCUUCAGCCUGAACUGGUCCUGAGCGCCGCCCGGCCCUGGCUGGUCUGUGCACCGUUCGACCCGGGCUGGCUGCUCCCAGACCACCCAGAUCCGAGGUCGGAGUGGGCCUGCUGCCUCCUGGGAGUUUGCACUCAGACCUCCUCGUGGCUCUGAGAAGCAGUCAAGCGCCGAGCUGUGGGAUCCCCAGUGAAGACGGUGGUCCAGUAGCGCAGCCUCCUCGAAGAGGCCUCCCUGCCCUCCUGCUUCGGAGACGGGGAACGCGGAUCCUGGGGGGACGCCUGGUCGAAGGGACGCGGCUCCGCCCCGAUCCCCAGGCUCAGGGGGCCAGCUCAUACUUCAUCCAGGGCUGAGGAGGCCCACCCCAUGGCCCAGUGCCACACUCCAGGCCUCUCCUGGCUGUGGCCUGAGGCCUGAGGCUGCUGCAUUUGCUUUUAAUUCACAACACUGGAAGAUACUGACUUCAGGGUCGGGCAGAGACCCUCUUCUGGCCCCACCACAGGCCUGCGGCCUUGUCACGGGCUCCUCGUGGCGGGUGGGAGGCCUCGCCUCGUUCCUGGGUUUGCCCCGAACGAAGCUGACAGCCUGGGAGGCGUGGCCUCUUUGUCAAUUAACUUAUUUUUUUAAUACUUGAAAAGAAGCAACUUCACUUUUAUAUCUUUACCAGGACACUGAUUGCUUGGCACCUGGGUAGGGGUGUGGAGGUGGGUCACAGCUGACCGCGCUGUCACUCCAUUCAUUACUGUUUCAUCGUGGGGCUGACCUGAACCCUCAGGUCAGCAAGACCCCCGUGUGGGCCCGGCGUGCAGCGCCCGUCCUCCUGUGCCCGGCCCCGGGCGUCUGUGUCUACACCGCUCGCUUGUCAAGGACGCAUUUGAGCUGCUGGAGGCCACGCCAUGAGGCACAGAUGCCUCUUGGCCUCCCUGUUGGAAUCCUGGCUCUGCAGAACCCAUUUUUCCUCCAUUUUGGUGCCGAGAUCUCACCUGCCACAGCACAUUUAUUAAAGAAAGUUUUAGGCCGGCUGCACCAGCGCGUGGGACCCUGCUCAGCGAGGCCCAGAUCCAGCCAGCUGGAGCUGCAGUGACGGCACACUGGGGGACUCCAGUUGGGGCCCCCCACACACACACAUGAGCUCCGGCCCAGCUCCAGCCCAGCACCUCUUCGUGGGGAGGCACUGGACAGGAAGCACCGUGGAGCCAGCUCGUGCCGUGGCUCAGCCAGAGGCCGGCAGUGUCCAGCCUGCAGAGCCACUGCUAGACUCUGCAGGGGCCGUGCUCGUCCGCAGAGGAGCGAGGGCAGUGCCAGGCCAGUCCCGAGGCCCUCCAGCCGACUCCUGGUGGAGCGGGACUGCGUGCAGGGAAGAGAGGCCUCAGGGCAGGACAGGGGGCGUCCACACCGACCUUGGGGCGUCCCUGGGGGGACCACAUCGUGCCUCAACUUGAACAGAGUCAUUCUCACUGCAAAGGAGCAAAGAACUGUCUUCUUCAGUCUGUCCCAAAGCUGCCGUCUGGAAUCCAGGGCACGUGCUGCUCCAGCCCUCGCGGCUCUGACCUUCACCUCUUGCUUGAUGAGGUAGAGCCUCCAUUUCUAUUCUCGUUUCUUAGAAGGGGGAGCGGAGGGUGUUCUAGAUCCCAUCCUUAAGUCCCAGCCUUCCAAUAAAAUUGGGCUUGGGACAGGAUUCAUCGCCUGUGUGGCCUUUGCCUACCCUUCCUACCCACCGCCCUGGUGCACCGCAACUGCCAGGCCCGUCCCUCGAGCUUCUGCCCACCCAGGACGAGGACAAGUUUACAGAGUGGCCAGGAGGGACAUGACACCCGCCCCUGCGGAAGCACACCGUGCCUGCAGGAACGAGGACGGCCUGGAGGCUGCAGAGAAGCUCGGAAAUGCUCCCCCACUCCCUCCCGCAGGGCUGCGACUUCAGGUUCUAGUUGAGCACUUUUUCUGAAAGCUCCCAUUUUAUAACCACUAGUUUGCAGGUUGUUGUAGUGCCCUGCUGACGGGCUGCAUGCAGUGUUUCCCAGCUCUGGAAAUGCACUCAGCUCCUGUCAAGUCCCCUUGAAGGCAGGGCAACAGGAAAUCUCUCUCUGAAAUGCCACGGCGUGAGCAGGCCCAAGCCCGAGGCCCUUGCAGGGAGAGCCGGGUUCAGCUCCAGCAGGGCCAGGGCGGCAGCGCACCUCGCCUCAGUCCGAGGCCACCAGCGGCUCCACCUGAGGGUCCAGUCCUGCUCAGAUGGCGUCUUCUGGCCUUUGCCCCGGGAGCUGUCCUCCAGCUGCUCUGACCAGCAGUGAUAGACUAUCCACUAUCUUUUCAAAGAGCAGAAUUUUUUCAGUGGGGCAGAAAGUGGAGAGAGUUUAAAGAAAAAUUUAAAGGUGGUAACAACUGAUCUACAAAGGGGAAUGGGCCAUUUUAUGCGCAAUAAAAGUUUUUAAAACAAGUA